UGCCUCGCUGCAGGGGAGGGGUGGAUGCCAAUCCCGUCUGACUCAUCCUGCCUUGCUAUCGACUUGGCCACACCGUUUUCAGGAGCUCGUUCGAAUCAUCUCCACAUGUGCAACGCGCGGGACCCGUCACGUUCCCCCGUCCACCUCUCUCGUUAGACCUUUUUGCUCCGCUUCUGUGCAUGAUUUCGAGACUGGGUGAUGAGAACUUAAAGCGUGUAGACUUACUUUUGUUCGAGGUCGUGCGCAGAGGAGUGUCUCAUCCUUGAGGAGCUUGCACUUUGCUGUAUGAUAGGUUUGAAAUUUUAGGUUAUGUUCAGCAUUGCUUUAGAUCGAUCCGGGUCUUGCUAAAUUGAGGAAUUCCAAGUUAUACGUUCCGUGUACCCUGGGAGUCUGGUGGGAGUAUUGAUGGCGGGCCUUACCAACACCUUGCGUCUAGGUGCUCUGGAUCAGGCAUUAUCAGCUUCCUCGGAGCUUCGCAAUCAUGCCCCGCGACGUGACCACAGGCUGCCGCGCAGUCAGCGGGUAAUGGUGCGAGCUGCAGCCGAGGGUCCAGAUUUGAGUGUCACCGUAAAUGGUCUGAAAUUACCAAACCCGUUUGUUAUUGGAUCAGGGCCCCCGGGCACCAAUUAUACUGUCAUGAAGCGUGCCUUCGACGAAGGAUGGGGUGGUGUUAUUGCUAAAACAGUGUCAUUGGAUUCGUCGAAGGUGGUGAAUGUCACCCCUCGCUACGCAAGAUUAAAGGCAUCCGCACUUUCUGGGAAAAAGCCCGAGGUUAUUGGGUGGGAAAACAUUGAGCUGAUCAGUGAUCGCCCAUUUGAGACCAUGCUCGCAGAGAUGAAACAGUUGAAGGAGGAGUACCCUGAUCGUAUCCUUAUCGCAUCCAUUAUGGAGGAAUAUAAUCGUGAUGCUUGGGAGGAGAUCAUUGAGCGAGUUGAAGAAACGGGUGUGGACGCUUUUGAGGUAAAUUUUUCAUGUCCACAUGGGAUGCCGGAGAGAAAGAUGGGUAUGGCCAUGGGACAAGAUUGCUCAGUGCUGGAUGAAGUUUGCGGCUGGAUCAACGCCAAGGCUACUAUACCUGUUUGGGCUAAGAUGACGCCUAACAUCACAGACAUCACCCAGCCGGCACGUGUGGCCUUGAAUGCAGGUUGCGAAGGAGUAGCUGCCAUAAAUACAAUCACGAGUGUCAUGGGAAUCAACCUUGACACCUUGCGACCUGAGCCUUGUGUUGAAGGGUACUCAACACCUGGAGGUUAUUCGUCCAAAGCCGUACGGCCAAUUGCGUUGGCGAAGGUUAUGUCAAUUGCCCAAAUGAUGAAGGCUGAGUUUCCUGGCCAAAAUAAAUCUCUGUCCGGCAUUGGAGGAAUUGAGACUGGCGAUCAUGCCGCUGAGUUUAUACUGCUUGGAGCCGAUACAGUGCAAGUAUGUACUGGUGUGAUGCUGCACGGUUAUGGCCACGUCAAGCACUUGUGUACGGAUUUACAAGCUUUUAUGGACAAACAUGGAUUCACUUCAAUUGAAGAUUUUCGGGGAGCGUCUCUGGGGUACUUCACGACGCAUGCAGAUUUGGUACGACGACAAAAUGAGGCCAUCCAGCACAAAAAGAAGGAGCGCAAAGGUUUGGCCUCAGAUAAGGACUGGACUGGAGAGGGCUUCGUGAAAGAGACCGAAACCAUGGUAUCUAACUAACUUGGUUUCUGUCGAAGCUGCUGAUGGGCGCGUCAAAUUGUUAAUGCCGUUCAAAAAGCAACUGGUGAAGCAUUAUCUUCUCAUUUCAACGCUAGUAAAAACUGUGAAUUAGUGCAUAUAUUCUUGUCAUGUUUAGGGCCCAGGAAGAAGAACCAUGUAUAGUCAUGCGCACUCAGGAUGUCAUUAGCAAUUCAUCACUGUUUAUUGGAAUGAUGUUGUUUAUUGUAAUAUUAUGAAUGUAAAGAUAGGCCUCCGACAAUGCGUGUCUCGUCUGUGCACCUGUUAUUCGUGUAGCAGAUGUAUCAACAUGGAUAUGAUCAUUGAGAUGUGGGCUAAAUUCUACUCCCUUUAUUGUGGCAGUAAAGAUUGUUGUGGCAAUAGA